AUGGCAGUUUGGAAUUCCUCUGUAAGUUUACCAAAACGUGAAUUUGGAACGUUGACUAUCCCAUUCCUCUCUCAUGAAGUGAAAGAUUUACCUUUCCCAUCAACGAACAAAGAUGUGCAGUAUUUCUUAGGAUAUCUGAAUUACUACAAUAACUUCACUGAAGCCUUACCAGUAGUUGCCGCUGUAUUCUACGAACUUGACGAAGAACGUGUACGUGCUGGACGGAUCCUGGAAGCCGCGAAGGAGUCUUUUGAGAUAGCGUAA